GCGAGCGGCUCCUGCGCGGGCGGCGGGCGGGAGCGAGGGGAGAGGGGAGAGGCUGCGGCUGAGCCCCGGAGCCGCCGGGAACCUGCUCGGGUCCUGCGGGGCUCCGGCAUUCCCGGCCGACGGCGCGCCGCCUCCCAUGCGCCGGGGGCCGCGCGGCUCUCAGCCCUCUCUCCCCGGAGAGCGCCCGUGGGACGGGCCGCCGGCGCGGAGCGGAUUUGUGUGUGAUUGUCAUUGUGCUAUACCACAGUGAAGAGGUAUUUUUCACUUCAAGAUACCUUGCAUUAAAAGAUCAUGGUAGACAGUUUAAUAGUUUCUUUGAGACUUCUCAGUUCCCUAGCAGUGCUGGGAUUUCAGUUUGUCAUCCCACAGCCUUCUAUUGAACACAGAAAGGUUCCGCAGAGGAUAGAAGAGCACGGCGAUGCUCCUGAGGACGGCGGUGCGGGCGUGCCGGGCCUGUGGGGCAGCUGGGGCCCGUGGUCCGCCUGCUCGCGGAGCUGCAGCGGCGGGGUGAUGGAGCAGACGCGGCCCUGCCUGCCCGCCUACUACCGGGAGCGCGGCUACCGCCGGCCCGGCCGCCACUUCCCGGCCUCCGAGCGGGCCCUGGCCCCACACGAGGACUCGCUCUCUGCCUACCCCGGCCACGUCAUCUCCGCCAUCCGCACCUCCGUGCCGCUGCACAGGAGCGAGGAGCAGCCGCGGGGCGCGCCGCGGAACGGCAGCCAGGCCGGGCGGGCGGCGCUGAGGGGCAGCCGGCACUCGCAGGGCCCGCGGCACGGCGCCAGGCCGGACACGAGGAGCAGAAACAGAAAUCCUAUCGGUCCAGGAAAGUACGGCUAUGGAAAAGUGCCGUACAUUCUACCUUUACAAACUGAUACUGGCCAGCAGCCUCAGAAGCUGCGGCGGCAGCGCCAGUCACCGCGGAGCCACCUGUUCCACCAGAGCGCCGGCGCCGUCAGCUCCUACGGCCAGGCAGCUGCUCCCUCCCUGCAGCACGGGAGCCUUUACCAAGAGCCAGGCCAGGUGGGACACCAGGUCCUGGGGCCCUCGGUUUAUCAGCCACCUUCGUUCCCUGUGUCCCAGAGCCUGUUCCACGGCGGUGACCCCAACCCUCCGGCCCUGCAGGGGCAGCCCCAGCCGCAGAGGGCCGCAGCCAUCGUCUGCAUUGGAGCCUACAAGCAAUAUAAACUCUGCAACACAAAUAUGUGUCCUGAAAGCAGCAGGAAUAUUAGAGAGGUACAGUGUGCAUCAUACAAUAACAAGCCAUUUAUGGGUCGAUUUUAUGAAUGGGAACCUUUUGCAGAAGCACAGCUUGCUCCUAAUGUUUAUACUGGAUCAAUAAGGCAGUUAAACUGUAAUUCGCAGCACUGUCUUGCUGCAAAUAAAUCAGCUCUAGUUUCAGAGCUCCCCUUUCAGGUGACUGCCCUUGUUUGCAGGGCAGGACAUUUGUUUCCCAGGAAUCCUGGCAGUUCCCAGCGUGUGUGUGAUGGAACAUGUGCAGCUGUGGCUUGUGCUAGGGCUGGCGGGGUGUUGGCUGCAGAGCAGGAGCAGGGACGUGGCUCAGGGAUGAUGGCCGUGCUGUCUGUACACACGAUUUAG